AUGUCUUGGUCCGGCUUUAAGAAAGCAAUUAGUAGGGCAGGUGGGUCUGUGGUUGUUAAGGCAACAGAUAGAGUUUCCGACAAAGAUUACGACAUACAAGAAAGACGGUUUAAGCUAAUUGAAAAAUCAGGAAAAGAGCUUCAGAAGGAGGCGAAAGCGUUCUUGGAUGCGGUGAGAGCAGUUACAGCUUCACAAUCUGCAAUGGGUGAAGUUGUUGACAGUUUAUAUAGUAAUUCUGAGCAAGCAGGUCAGUCGAAUGUUGGCUCAUACUAUCUACAAGCAGUUCAAGAUUUUGAUCAGGAGACAGUAAAGCAAUUGGAUGGUCCAUUCAGAGAGGCUGUUUUGGACCCAGUCUCAAAGUUUUGUAUGUAUUUUUCUGAGAUCAACGAAGCUAUGAAAAAGAGAUCGCAUAAGAAGAUUGAUUAUGAACAGGCAAAAGCCAAGGUGAGGCGUUUGACUGACCAUCCAUCAAAGGAUGCAUCAAAGCUCCCUAGAGCACAAAGAGAGCUUGAUAUGGCCAAGGAUAUUUAUGACUCUUUAAAUGACCAAUUGAAAACCGAACUUCCACAAUUGAUAAACUUGAGAAUUCCAUGGUAUGAUCCUUCAUUUGAGGCUUUAGUGAAGAUUCAGAUGCGUUUUUGCACUGAGGGCUACGCUCGCUUGGCACAGGUUCAACAAUAUCUGGACCAGACAAGUAGAGAUGAAUAUGCUAACGGUGUUCUGGAUCAGAGAGUGGAACAGAAAUUGGGCGAAAUGGCACAAUUGAACAUCUGUUCCUUGGGAUUGAAGUGA